CCACAAUUCCAUCAUCAUCCAUCCAUGGCUACUUCCUUCUCUCUCCCCAAUUUCAUCUCCUUCCUCUUCCCCUCAAACCCACCUCCGCCACCGCCGAAACUCCCGCCUUCCGAUGUCCAUCUCCCGUCCUCUUCUCAUGCACAGAAGCUCAGAAACGGGUCGGUUUCAAUGGCGGGCCAAGAGGCUCACUCGUCUUACUCUUCUUCGUCUUCGUCUCUAUCCGCUGAAUUGUCGUCUGUAGUAUGCCCGUCUGUCGCGUACGCGAACACCCUUUUCUUUAGAUCAGCGUACAAUGUGCAGGUGAUUGUGGACGACAACGAGCCGGAGGAGAGGCUGCUGAACAGGUUCAGGAGAGAGGUCAUGAAAGCUGGGGUUAUUCAGGAGUGUAAGAGAAGAAGGUUUUUUGAGAAUAAGCAGGAUGAGAAGAAGAGAAAGUCACGCGAGGCUGCGAAGCGUAAUCGACGAAGGCGGGGCCAGUUUAGAUCUUUUCAAAACAAGCAAGAGACACCUGUAGUUAAGAAAGAUGAGGAUGAAGAUAACUGGGAAAUGCCGGAGGGAGAUCUCCCAUAUUGACAACAUUUCACUAUGCUUUUAGUUCUUGGACUCGACAGAUUUCGUUUUCCAGUUUUUUGACCCAUGUAAGUUGCAUGAAGUGAUCGAGUUAUUUUAUUGACCUAGUGCCCUGUAAUUUUGGCAAUUUUAAGUAAUAUAUAUAUGUUUCAGUUCAUUCCCAAACGUGUUAUGUAGCUCUUAUUUAUUUAGCAGGGGUAGAAGAGGUGCUUCUUAAAUGUGACAUAAGGUGAAAGGUCUUUUUGGCAAAUGGACAGCAAACUUUUACAUUUCUGUAUUACUUGUGAAAGAGGAGAUAAUCUGCAUUAUACUUACUGCCCCAAUGAUAGUUAUUCCUUACCCAUUUUCUGACUAGAUUUGUAAAUUGUGAUGAUAUUGGAAAUGAAAA